UGACGAGCAAGUCAGCAAACACACUGGUAAGUCUGGUAUACAGCUUCUACCAAGCCGUUAAUGCAAAACCCUAGUAGGGAGUUUCUUACUGAUCCACGAGAAGAAGAAGGAGCGAUCAUAUUAAAAUGGCGAUGGCUGCUUUGAGACGCGAAGGGAGGCGUUUGGCUGCCGCACCGUUCACUUCUCCCAACCCUCCCAUUGCGCUCCGCUCCUCUCUUGUCUCUCCUUCCGAGGAGAUAGGCUUGUCUGGAUUCCACUCCAUUUCUACUCAAGUUGCUUCUAAGCUUCGAGCUAUUCAGACUAGAGCUGAAAAUUCACGUGGCCUCUGGCAGCCUUUCAUUGCUCUCCUUGGUGACACUCCAAUUAUUGAUGUGAAGAAGAACGCCAUCAAUACUAUUUAUUCAGACAAAGGUCUUUGUGAUGGAAUCAAUUCUACAGCUUUCAAGACAACCUGGAAUAGUCACAAGUUGAGUUCUGGUCCUGGGAAGGAAAACAAAUAUGUGAAGGCAAAUGCUCAGUUGAUUAUGACUGACCUGCAGAAGAAUCCUCUGAACUAUACUCAGCAAUCUUUUCAUUUCUCUACGUUAGCCAACUCAGAAGAACAUAAGAAUGAGCAAAAGUCUUCUUGGAUUGAUUUGUAUUUGCCCCAAAAAAUCAGGCCCUAUGCGCAUCUGGCUCGACUCGAUAAACCCAUUGGGACCUGGUUACUUGCUUGGCCUUGCAUGUGGUCAAUUUCUUUGGCAGCAGCACCAGGGAGUAUACCUGAUGUGAAGAUGAUGGCUCUGUUUGGUUGCGGGGCUUUGCUUCUGCGAGGUGCCGGAUGUACCAUUAAUGAUCUGCUAGAUCGUGAUAUUGACACAAAGGUAGAGAGAACACGGUUGAGACCAAUUGCCAGUGGGAUUCUGACACCAUUUCAAGGGAUUUGUUUUCUUGGGUUUCAAUUGCUUUUGGGUCUUGGGAUCCUUUUGCAAUUAAACAAUUUUAGCCGUGUUUUAGGAGCUUCUUCUUUGCUACUGGUUUUCUCCUAUCCCCUCAUGAAGAGGCUGACAUUUUGGCCUCAAGCUUUUCUAGGUCUAACUUUUAAUUGGGGAGCAUUAUUAGGUUGGGCUGCUAUUAAAGGCAAUCUUGACCCUGCUGUUGUGCUGCCUCUUUAUCUAUCUGGUGUGUCUUGGACACUUGUUUAUGACACUAUAUAUGCUCAUCAGGACAAAGAUGAUGACCUUAAAGUGGGUGUUAAAUCCACAGCCUUAAGAUUUGGGGAUUCAACAAAGGAGUGGAUUGCUGGAUUUGGAAUAGCUUGCACUAGUAGUCUAGCUCUAUGUGGAUACAAUGCUGAUAUUGGAUGGCCAUAUUAUGCCUUUUUGUCAGCUGCAAGUGCCCAAUUAGCAUGGCAGAUUUGGACAGUAGACCUAUCAUCUCGUGCAGAUUGCAACAAAAAAUUUGUAUCCAACAAAUGGUUUGGUGCUCUCAUUUUCAGCGGGAUAUUAUUUGGAAGAAUUCUCUCAUAAUGGACCGUGAUCUCUCCUUUGCCUGUGGGAACCCCGAUUUUUCAAAAGAUAGCAAAUUAUUGGACAGCUUGGUGAACUCAUUGCAGUGUUGCAGUAGCCUUCUCCAACAGGAUUUUGGACACUCAGUGAAUUCAGUUCAUGAUGAUUCUUGAUCGAAUCCUCCUUGCACUCGCCCUUUUUGCUUCACGGGACACUUGGCCUUCUUCUAUAUAGCUUGGCACCAAACUUGCAUCUCAUUUUGAAUACCUUUGCUGUGACUACUGCCAAGAAACACUUGUGUAUGUUCUUGAAGUUCUUCGGUCUCGUCUGUAUGAUACUCAUUCCCUUUUACAUCCAAAAAGAACCCACAAAAAUUCAUAUUCUACUGAAAUUACAGUUGGUGUAUUAUAC